ACCUAAGAAAAAUCAACAAAAACCCAACACCAAGAGAUGAUAAAAUGGAGGGAGAACUUCGAAAGAAACGUUGCCGGGUUUUCUCAAAGAAAAUAAUGGAAUUAAGGAAGGAUUUGAAGUGGUUGAUCAUGAUGUUAGAUCAGAAGUUGUGAUACAAAAGUUAUAAUAAAAUGUGGCUCCAUUGAUCAUUGCAUAUUUAUCUUUGCUUAGGAGUUAAUAUCCUCUCACUGCUUGUGUAUCUUUUUGUAAUUUAGUUGUAGAACUGAAACACGAUGUCGUUCCAAAAAUGGAGGAAGAAAAAAGAAAAAGCUAUCAAUGAAGGAAAUUUAGAUGAACUAUUUUUAGCAUGUUCAGAAUUAGCAGAGCUGUACACAAGUAAAGAAGAAUUUGAGAAUGCCCUCGAAGAAUACAAGGAAGCAAAAAGAGCAGCAGAAGCAGCAAACAACACUAUCAAUGUGGCAGUUGCCCACAGGAUGAUCGGUGAAGUGUAUAGCAGCAUGCAGAAGUAUGAUUUUGGCCGUAAAACACGAGUUGAAGUAUUUAGAGUUUGGCCAGGUCGAAGAAUGACUCGGUGGAGGAGCAGAGAGCUCUUGCAAACCUCGGCCACAUGUACCUGAUAAAAGCUGAUACGUUUGCUAAUCCUGAUUCUGCUGAGAGGCAAGAUACGCUCGGAAAAGCCAAGAAAUAUUGUCUGCAGAGUCUCCAGGUUUGCGAGAAGCUGAGUAAUGUGAAUAAGAAGGAGCUGGUUGAAAUGCAAGCUCGGUUGUACCUCAACCUCGGUUUGAUCGCGGAGCAACAGGGUGAGGCCGAAGCUGGUGUCAGCUACCUCAACAGG